AUGAGCUACAAGACCAACUAUGAGCUCUACUCUCGAGGUAGCAUCGAUAGCAGACGCUCACCACCACCCGAUGAGCUUCUCUCACCAUUGGCAUCGCUCUACCCGCAUGUCACAGCCCUGCAGCCCAAAUACGACCCCAGCAACUGCACCUUCACCGGUUAUCACCACUCGGGAUAUUGGGCUGCCGCCUAUACGGCACAGCCUAUAGAGGAGCCUUUUAUGUCCACGCGUCGCGGCACUGGUAAGCAUCUGCCUAAUUAUACUUCGGUCGCAUUCGAUCCUAACGGUACUCUAGAUGGCCUUCCAUGCCGAUUUGUCUCUAAACUGCGCCGACUUCUCAGCCGAGACGACUUAAAGUCCAGACGGGGAUCCCGCGCCACGGCAUAG